AAAAAAAGCAAGAAAAAGAUGAUUCGGCGACAAUAAAAGCAGCGGAGCAACGGAACACUCCUCCCGUGCUUCACCGACACUUACCGUCUCCUCCUCAUGGCGGCCGGUCAUGAGCUCCACCCCCUCGUUUUGGUCCCCGGCCUGAGCGGAAACCAGCUCGAGGCCCGGCUGAUGGAGGAUUACCUCCCGCCCCUGCCCGCCCUCCAAGCUCCGCAAGCCGCUGGCUGGUUCAGGAUCUGGAUGGACCGCUCCCUCUUCCUGGAUUCCGCCGCCCAGCGAUGCUUCGCCCACCAGCUGAGCCUCUUCUACGACCCCGACGCCGACGACUUCCGCAACGUGCCCGGCGUCGACACCCGCGUCCCCUUCUUCGGCUCCACCGAGGGGUUACGAUUCCUCGAUCCCGACCGCAAGGAUUCUUCUAUUUGCAUGGAUACCCUGGUGAAGUCCUUGGAAGAAAUUGGGUACCAAGACAGCCUCAACCUUUUCGGAGCACCUUACGAUUUCCGAUACAGCCUCGCCGGCGGAGGUCAUCCAUCAAAGGUGGCUACUCGAUACCUUCAAGAUCUUAGAGAGCUAGUUGAGCAGGCCAGCAAGAUGAACGGAGACAAACCUGUGAUCAUUUUAACACACAGCUAUGGUGGAUUGCUCACCCUUCAUCUCCUUAAUCGCAAUCCUUCAUGGUGGCGCCGAAAGUUCAUCAAGCACUUCAUAGCACUGUCCGCACCGUGGGGAGGCAUCGUUGCGGAAAUGUUCACGUUCAUCAGUGGAGAUACACUAGGGAUGCCUUUAGUGGACCCCUUAACAAUAAGAGAACAAUUCAGGAGAACAGAAAGCAACCUUUGGCUUCUGCCUUUCCCUAAAACAUUUGGAAACAGACCACUCGUCGUUACGAGAGACAGGAACUACUCAGCAACCAACAUGGCAGAAUUCCUGCAAGCAAUUGGGUUCCAAGAGGGCGUAAAACCUUAUGUAUCUCGUAUAUUGCCGUUGCUAGAGGAGAUGGCGGCGCCGGGAGUUCCAGUGACUUGCAUUAUAGGGGUUGGGGUGGACACUCCUGAAACAUUUCUCUACAAUGGUGAAGGAAAGUUUGACGAGCCUCCUGAGGUGGUUUCUGGUGAUGGGGAUGGGUUGGUGAAUCUGGCUAGCUUAUUGGCACUUGAAUCAGAGUGGUCUGAUGCUCCAGAACAAGAGCUCAAAGUCAUCAAAAUCCCAAAUGCUACUCAUGCUGGCAUUCUCACCCAAGAAUUUGCCGUAACAGAAAUAAUAAGACGAGUGUUGGAUGUCAACUCUGUGCCUGCAUGAAUUGUAUCCUUGUUGAGGGAUAACAAAUAUUUGUGCUUCUAGAAUUAUUUUUUAAUGAAAGCUUCCAAGUUUGGAAACUCUUAGAAAAAUUAUUCUAAGUUUUAAACUUAAAUAAUACAUUCAACUAUCUUUAUUUCUAUCAA